ACCCCAAUAGGAUCUGGUGGAAGAAAGUCACGCAGACACACGCAGACACACGCAGACACGCACCAACUAGGAGUCCAGAACUUCUAGCUGGCUCUCUGCUGCCACAGCUCCACCAAAGGGUGGGAGGAACAGAGGCGUGCCCCAGAGUCCAGAGGAGAGGCAGGUGUGUGCAGGUAUAUCACCUGGAUCAUGAGGGCAUCCUUCUGGCUCCUCCCACUUCUCCUCAUCUUGGCCUCAGUGGCCCAAGGCCAGCCGACAAGACCCAAACCUGGGAUUAGGCGUAAACCCAAGCCAAGGCCCACACCCAGCUUCCCUCAGCCCCACGAGCCAGCAGAGCCUACAGACCUGCCUCCACCCCUUCCUCCCGGCCCUCCAUCUGUCUUUCCCGACUGUCCACGGGAGUGCUACUGCCCUCCUGACUUCCCAUCAGCCCUCUACUGUGACAGCCGAAACCUUCGCAAGGUCCCCGUCAUCCCACCCCGAAUCCAUUACCUUUACCUGCAGAACAAUUUCAUUACUGAGCUCCCUCUGGAAUCCUUCAAGAAUGCCACAGGCCUGAGGUGGAUCAACCUGGACAACAACCGGAUUCGCAAGGUGGACCAGAGAGUGCUGGAGAAGCUCCCCAGCCUGGUGUUCCUCUACAUGGAGAAGAACCAGUUGGAAGAGGUGCCGUCGGCUCUGCCCCAGAACCUGGAACAGCUGAGGCUGAGCCAGAACCUCAUUUCCAGGAUCCCGCCCGGAGUGUUUAGCAAACUCGAGAACCUGCUGCUCCUGGAUCUGCAGCACAAUCGGCUGAGCGAUGGCGUCUUCAAGGCUGACACCUUCCAGGGCCUCAAAAACCUCAUGCAACUCAAUCUGGCCCAUAACAUCCUGAGAAAGAUGCCCCCCAAGGUCCCCCCGGCCAUUCACCAGCUCUACCUGGACAGCAACAAGAUCGAGACCAUCCCCAAUGGGUACUUCAAGAACUUCCCCAACCUUGCCUUCAUCCGCAUGAACUACAACAAGCUGUCAGAUCGAGGGCUCCCCAAAAACUCCUUCAACAUCUCCAACUUGCUGGUGCUCCACCUGUCACACAACAAGAUCAGCAACGUGCCGGCCAUCAGCAACAAGCUGGAACACCUGUACCUCGACAACAACAGCAUAGAGAAGAUCAACGGGACCCAGAUUUGCCCCAACAACCUAGUGGCCUUCCAUGACUUCUCCUCAGAUCUGGAAAACGUGCCACACCUGCGUUACCUGCGGCUGGACGGAAAUUUCCUGAAGCCUCCCAUCCCGCUGGACCUCAUGAUGUGCUUCCGCCUCCUGCAGUCCGUGGUCAUCUAGGCCGUGCCCAGAGCUGGCCCUCCUCUGACAGCACUUGAAGGCUCAAGCUCUGGGGUCCUCUGUUUUUAUCUGUCUCCCUCUCUUGCUCCCAGCCCUGCCUUUCGUCUCAUCCCUUCGUGAGGAUGGUAAAUACCAUAUAACCUGCUCCGGCUCUAUGGCAAGAUUCCCCACCUAGUCCAAAGACAUCCUGCCAGCCAAAACCUCUGGUCUUCUUUGGUCUCCCUUUGCUUCAGAAACAUAGGUGUAUGCCAACGGACGCGUCCCCUCCCCUCCCCCACUCCCCCACUCCAUGAGUCUCUCCUGGGUAAGGCCGGCAUUUUAUUUCAGUCUUAGCCGAGUAAGAAGCAGAAGUCAUUCCAGAGGUGAACCCUGGAACGUUCCAUUGAGAACUCCUGCAUUUGGGCAACUAUGUCUCAAGAUGGCCGACAAAUCCAGGUCUCCUAAGCCUGCGAUCCCUUCCAAAGCUGUUGCUCUGCCACUGUUUCCUGACACCAGACAGAUGUCGCCCUGCUCUCUGAUGUCUUGAUUCUUCAGAAAGGAAGUGCGGGAGAAUGACUAAAGGGGGUGGAAGGUCGGGGUUCCCUUCAAGUUCCAGCCCUUCCUUCUCUUCCCUUCUCCCUCCUUUGGGGCAAACACAGUACAGGCCCUCUUGGCUGGGUCUCAGAGAGGAACAGCCAGGGGCACAGUGGUUCAAGGAACUAGACUUUAGCUAAUAGGUGGGUACUGGGGGGGUGGAAGGGGAUCAGAGUUCAAAACUGGGCUUGUGUGGAUACAGACAAGCUGUGCAAUCUCCCUUACCCAAACUUGACAAGAGGCUCCAAGGCCUGGAAGACAGUCUUGGGGCCAAGAGGCAUCAUGUCUGCUCUCUAUUAUGUGUGAGACUUGGUCAUCCCACCCCAAAGGCUGCAGUUGUUGAGAAACAGAGGAAGAGGUGGAGCACCUGGAAAUCUCCCAGAAGCCUCUUCCACACUGGGGAUUAGCCUCUGUCUCUAAGGCCGACUCAUCAGCGACAUCUGGUGGCUGGUGGGGUGAUAUUGCAAUUCCCUGAUUCCCUAGGGAAAGAGGGCCAUGGGUGUCUAAAGGGAAGGGCAGAGGUUGGGGGUUCAUCCCCAUCAGGAGUGAUUGUGAAUGGGGAGUCUUUGAGAGUUUAAAGGAAGCUAGUUUGACAGAGGCCUUGUCAGGUCUCUUUUGCUCUCAACUUCCACAUCUGUAAACUGAGGCAGUAGGUCCUCUCAGAGCUCCUGUUUCCUGUCUGUGUACCCUCUUCUAGAGCACACCUAACACAGGACAAGUGGUAUCGCCCACCCUCCCCUUGCAGUAAUUUAUUCUCUGCACAGAGCAUCCCUACCCCCCAAAGACUUGCCACCCUCCCUUCCUAGCCCACGUGAGCAGCUUGGCUGGUUUCCAAGAACCUGGGCUUCCUGCCUUCCCCUUCCCUUCUAUCCCCCUAAGGAAGGCUGCCUGUGCCCUGCCACAGUUCCCUGGGUGGAUGAGGAGGAGGAGUAUGUGGAGAUGAAUGUUCUGGAAGUGAGCGAAGCACAGGACCCAUCCUCCUUAGGCUGGGGAAGGCUUUUUCAUCUCCCCGAGGAUAGUGUCACACAACUGUUUUAAGACAUUGGAUUAGGCUGGGCCCUACAGUCCAGAAGCCCCAUUUAUAUUCUCAAUCCCCUUUCUGUUUAUUGAAACCAGAGCCCACUUCACACGGCCUCUUUCCCCUGCUGUGCAACUUCCUCCUCCUUCCUAGUUGCAGCUGGUUUCUCCAAGGCUCCUGCUUAAAGUCAAUGUAUUAUUAUGGCUGAGAGCAACCUGGUGCUACGGCCUGGACAAGCCCCUUCUGCACCUAUGAUAACCUGCAACCUCGGCCUGUUUUGGGAGGCCCACGGGGAUCACAGCUCCUGUGGCUGCUAGGGAUGGGGGUGGGCACUGAUCCCGCAAACCUGAACUGGCAUCCCACCAUCAGUAUCCCAUUAUCCAACCUGGACCAGCUUCCUCCACUGUCCUCUGCAGCCAUCAGCUAAAGGGACAAGAGUUAAACUGGCUUUACAGGAAACACACACCCAGUGCUGGCUACCUUGGGGUUUAGAAAGACCCUCCUCACAAGUUUAUUCAAUCAGUAUCAUUAGCAUUUAUACAUGCAGGUGUGUGUGCGUGUGUCUGUGUGCACUCACACGUGUGCAUACAUGCACUCUCACCCUGUACAUCUUAUUCUAUUCUCCAAAAAGGCCAUGUUCACUGAUACAGCUACCACAUUUCAACAAGCUUCACAGCAGAGGAAAUAAAGUCAUAUGAAAAACUCCCAGCAUGAA